AGCACCUACAGGCCGCCAGCGAGACCGAGACAGCCGCAAGAAUAAUGGCCGCUCUGAGACACCCAAGCACUGCUAAUGUUGGUUCCAUUUUUGGAGCGCCUGGGACGCAGCGGAACUCGCCAGCACGGGGCGGCGCGUGACUGGGUUCCUUUUUGUCCCGGCCUGGCGAGAGGUCACGUGGGGCGUUACGCGUAGGCGGAACAUUGCGACCGCCGCCUAAAAGCUUGCUGUUUGGGGUCGCCUGGAUAUCCUAACCAUGCGCCCCCCGCGUCCCUACUCAGCUAUGCUGACGUUUUUUGCUGCGUUCUUGGCCGCGCCCUUGGCGCUGGCUGAGUCACCGUACCUGGUGCGUGUGGACGCAGCCCGCCCGCUGAGGCCUCUGUUGCCCUUCUGGAGGAGCACCGGCUUCUGCCCCCCACUGCCUCACGACCAGGCUGACCAGUACGACCUUAGUUGGGACCAGCAACUGAACCUUGCCUACAUAGGUGCCGUUCCUCACAGUGGCAUUGAGCAGGUCCGGAUACACUGGCUGCUGGAUCUCAUCACAGCCAGGAAGUCACCUGGGCAGGGACUGAUAUACAACUUCACCCACUUGGAUGCAUUCUUGGACCUUCUCAUGGAGAACCAGCUUCUCCCUGGAUUUGAGCUCAUGGGCAGUCCUUCUGGGUACUUCACGGACUUUGAGGACAAACAGCAGGUGUUUGAAUGGAAGGACCUGGUUUCUCUCUUGGCCAGGAGAUACAUUGGUAGGUAUGGGCUGACACAUGUUUCCAAGUGGAACUUUGAGACUUGGAAUGAACCAGACCACCAUGACUUUGACAACGUGUCCAUGACCACACAAGGCUUCCUGAAUUACUAUGACGCCUGCUCUGAGGGGCUGCGCAUUGCCAGCCCCACUUUGAAGUUGGGUGGUCCUGGGGAUUCCUUCCACCCCCUGCCAAGGUCACCAAUGUGCUGGAGCCUCCUGGGUCACUGUGCCAAUGGAACCAACUUCUUCACUGGCGAGGUGGGCGUGCGUCUGGAUUACAUCUCCCUGCACAAGAAGGGUGCAGGCAGCUCCAUCACCAUCCUGGAGCAGGAGAUGGCAGUUGUGGAGCAGAUCCAGCAGCUCUUCCCUGAGUUCAAGGACACCCCUAUUUACAAUGAUGAGGCAGACCCUCUGGUGGGCUGGUCCCUGCCACAACCUUGGAGAGCUGAUGUGACUUAUGCGGCCCUGGUAGUGAAGGUCAUUGCACAGCACCAGAACCUGCUGUUUGCCAACAGCAGUUCCUCCAUGCGCUAUGUGCUCCUCAGCAAUGACAAUGCCUUCCUGAGCUACCACCCGUACCCUUUCUCCCAGCGCACACUUACUGCUCGCUUCCAGGUCAACAAUACUCACCCACCCCAUGUGCAGUUGCUGCGAAAGCCAGUACUCACAGUCAUGGGGCUCAUGGCCCUGUUGGAUGGAGAGCAACUCUGGGCAGAGGUCUCAAAGGCUGGGGCUGUGUUGGACAGCAAUCAUACAGUGGGUGUCCUGGCCAGCACCCAUCACCCUGAAGGCUCUGCAGCCUGGAGUACCACAGUCCUCAUCUACACUAGUGACGACACCCAUGCACACCCCAACCACAGUAUCCCUGUGACUCUUCGCCUGCGUGGGGUACCUCCUGGCUUGGAGCUUGUCUACAUAGUACUCUACUUAGACAAUCAACUCAGCAGCCCCUACAGCGCGUGGCAGCGCAUGGGCCAGCCAGUCUUCCCCUCUGCAGAGCAGUUCCGACAUAUGCGCAUGGUGGAGGACCCCGUGGCUGAGGCACCACGCCCCUUUCCUGCUAGGGGCCGCCUGACCUUACACCGGAAGCUUCCAGUGCCAUCACUCCUGCUGGUGCAUGUAUGCGCACGCCCCUUGAAGCCACCGGGGCAGGUCAGCCAGCUCCGUGCACUGCCCCUGACACGUGGACAGCUAGUUUUGGUCUGGUCAGACGAGCAUGUGGGCUCCAAGUGCCUGUGGACAUAUGAGAUCCAGUUUUCCCAGAAGGGUGAAGAGUAUGCCCCAAUCAACAGGAGGCCGUCUACUUUUAACCUCUUUGUGUUCAGCCCAGACACAGCUGUGGUCUCUGGCUCCUACCGAGUACGAGCAUUGGACUACUGGGCCCGGGCAGGCCCCUUCUCCGACCCUGUGAUUUACCUGGAUGUCCCUGCCUCAUGAGAGCCACUGGCUCCUAGUGACUUGUCUGACUGGUGAAUGGAGUCAACCAGGAUAAGCUAGUCUGCCAUUAGCUAGGCAGCUGACUAUCAGCUUUUGUUGUUCUUCCCCUAUUUCCCUUUAAAGUGUCUUUCUCUACCUCAGACUUAGGGUCAGUCUUUGUGGCUAAGCACUUUACAGGCCCAGUUGGAGUGACCUUUGCCCACAUUCCUCCCCAUGCCCAGCUGUUCAAAAAGUUUAAAUGUGGGACUGGAAAGAUGGCUCAGUAGAUAAAGUGCUUGCUGUGCAGGCACGGGGACUUGUGUUCAGAUAUCUAGCACUCAUGUAAAGGCUGGGCAUGACAAUAUAUGCCUAUUGCCCUAGGGUUGGUGGAAGGGACAGAGAGGCCACGGCUCCCUGGCCUUCCAGUCUACCUGAAACUGCAAGUUCCAGGUUCAGUAAGAAACCCUGUUUUAGAAAAAUCAAGUAGAGAGCUUGGCACACACACACACACACACACACACACACACACACAGAGUCUAAAUUUCGUUUCUUGAGCUUCUGUACUAUCAAAAAUGCAGUUAUGUACUUCUGAAAUACAACUGCACAGAGGAAGCAUCUUCAUUCCAACAGGAAAAUAAAUGACAGGGAAGGACUUAAGUGAAGCAAGACAAACGUUAAAUCCUGCAGCUCCAUUCUCAGCAUCGGGGCCCAUGUUCCUGUGAUGUGCUGGACAGUCUGUGUCUGUGGUGUUGUCAUUUACAGCCGCCAUGACCUUUCUCCUAGGCUGGUGUCUUAGGCUUCCUAUUGAUUCGAUAAAACACGAUGAGCACAAGCAGCUGGGUAGGGAAGCAUUCAUUUCACUUGUAUUUCUACAUUACAGUCUAUCAUCGAAGGAAGUCAGGCAGGAACCUGGAGGCAGGAAGUCAUGCAGAGGCCACGGAGAAGUGCUGCUUACUCAGGCUAUGUUCUUACACAUCCCAGGAUCACCAGCCAAAGGGUGGGCCCCCACCCACAAUGGUCUGGACCCUCCCACAUCAAUCACUAGUUUAAGAAAACAGGCUUAUCUAUAGGUCAGUCUUGUUGGGGCAUUUUUCUCAAUUGAGGUUCCUUCUUCCCAAAUGACUCUAGCUUGUAAUAAACUGAAAUAAAGCCACCCCAAUCUUGCCACACA